AGCGGCUGUGUCAUCGGCCGAAUCCGCGUGACCUGCGGACAAUGACAACCAUUCGGCCAUGGCUCAUGUUCUUGCUGCUGGCAUGGAAUCUGGAGGCUUGCUUGGGUCGGCACGGGGAAGGAUUCCAUCCCUUGCCUCAAGGCGGUGCUGUUGCGAAGAUCUACGCUCCGCAUGCCCAGCAAGUGUCACUGGCAGGUUCAUGGACUAGCUGGCACCCUGUGGAUUUGGUGGAUGUAGGGCAAGGCUGGUGGGAGCUGAACAUGUCCAGCGACCCAACGACAGACUACCUCCUCCGGGUGGGCGCUGCCUACAAGAUCCACAUUGUCUCCGCUGGGGAAACAUACUGGCGCCCAGACCCUUGGUCUCGUUCACAGGACGGCACGCCCUUGGGGAACUCCAUCUCCUACUUUGAUGACAAGUUUCACUGGACCGACUCCGGGUGGUCCAUGCCUGACUGGAACGAGCUUGUCAUCUACGAAUUGCAUGUGGGAACCUUCUGUGCGUACCCUGGUUGGCUCACGUCAGCAACGCUAGACAUGUGCAUCCACAAGCUGGACCAUUUGGUCGAGCUGGGUAUCAACGCGGUGGAGCUGCUGCCGGUGGCGGAGUUUGACGGCAAGGUGGAUUGGGGCUACACCACGGCCUACCCGUACGCGGUUGAGGAGGCCUACGGGGGCCCGGAUGCCUUCAAGCGCUUCGUGGACGCCUGCCACGGCCGGGGCAUCGCCGUGUUGCUGGACGUGGUGUACAACCACCUGGGGCCCAUGGACCUGCCCACCUGGCAGUUCGAUGGCUGGUCCGAGAACGGCCUGGGCGGGAUCUUCUUCUACAACGACCACCGGGCAGAGACGCCCUGGGCCCACACACGGCCCAACUACGGACUGAAAGAGGUCAGGGCGUACCUCAUCGACAACGCGCUAUUCUGGCUGAACGCGAUGCACUGCGAUGGCUUGCGAGUGGAUGGCGUCAGCUUCAUCCGGCUCUGGGGAGGCACGGUGGUCAACCGAAGCCUGGCCACCUUCAACCCGGAGGGGGAGCGCUUCUUGAAGGAGCUGAGCCAGGCUGUGCAACGCACCGGGAAGCUGCUGAUUGCAGAGGACCUGCAGUCCAACAGCUCGCUCACCAGCCGGACUCACGGCCUGGGCUUCGACUCGCAGUGGGACGGGCAGUUCCACUGGACGGUGCUGAACCAGCUGAAGCGGCCGGACCAUUGGCGCAGCAUGGCGCAGCUUCGGGAGGCGGUGCUGGGCGCUGGCGAAGGCCUGCGGCGGGUGAUCUACACGGAGAGCCACGACGAGGCCAGCCGCUUCCGCCUGCCUCUGGCCAUCGCAGGGCGGGACAGCUGGGUUGGCAGCCGGCUGUCGGCUCUGGGCUCGGCGCUGACUCUGCUGAGCCCCGGCAUUCCCAUGAUCUUCCAGGGCCAGGACUUCGCUCUCCAGGAGCCCUUCACUGCCUACAAGCCCACGAACUGGCUGCACAAGCUGACGCACGCGGGCACCUUCAAGCUGCACCAGGACCUCAUCAAACUCAGGCGGAACCUGCUGAAAACGAGCCGGGGGCUUCUCGGUACUGGUGUGAACGUGACCAUCGACGAGGAGGCUAAGGUUUUGACCAUCCACCGGUGGCACACUGAAGUGGAUGAGGCCGCAAGUGCUGCAAGCGCUGCAAGUGCUGCAAGCGGUGGCGAUGUCUUCGCCAUCUUCAAUUUCCAAGGCCAGGCCUUGGCGGGUUAUCCCGUCGCGUUUCCGGGUGCUGUGGCCCCUGUGGCAUGGACUCUUGCCGUGAACACGGCCGAUGCGCGGUACCACAACGUCGCCACGGUCUUCCGCAGUUCCGAGCUCAAGGACCCUGGCCAGGGUGGGCCACAGAGCAGGGAGAGGUCUGCGUCCAGCUUGGGCACUGACGCGUUCCUGCACCCUUACAGCUGCCAAGUCUACACACUGCGGUGAGGCGGCCCACCGCACGAAGUCUGCAGACCGUGCGGAAUGAUCCCCGGGGCUGCCUACAGUCUGCACUGCCAUGGAAUUCGCUUGAUGGUGUGCGCCAGCUCUAGAUGCCGCGGUGGGCAUCCAAAAUUUUGCCGUUCACCUGGCUCGGCCUUUCGAGGUGCAAUAUGGAUGUGACCAGCGCAGUGCAUGCUGCAGUUCUCACCUUGUUAUGCUCUACGGGAUGCUUGCUACAGUGCACAGAGCACUGCGUAGAUUGAACAGGGGCGGCGCUGGAACUGCCUGAGUGGAGCGGCUUCAUUUUUACAGAUUCAUUCCUCCGAGCCAGAGGAUUUGUACAGCCUGGCUUGCCGUGCCUGAAAUCAAGUAGAGUUGAGAAGAUCACACUGGCUGUCCAAGAUGGAUGAUUUGCCCGUGUGAUUGCAUGCAACUUGGCAUUCCCCGUGCUCUGCAGAUGCCUUGCUUCGUCGGGCAGGGGAAUCUAAGCCAGGUCUCUUGCUGAGGUCUGGACCUGUCCAUGACCUCCCUUAAGCUGUGAACUAAUUGUAAGAUGUCUUCGAGCUGCCUCCAGCAGCAUGCUUCCUGCUCACAAGAUAGCCCUGGAUUUGGCGUUGAAGAGGAACGCUUCGCGCAA